AUGCCGUCAUUAGUCGAGGCUUCAGGUCCUGGAUUAACUUCAGAGCCACCUUCAUCUUCUUCGGAUACUACAUCAGGAGCUCCAAUGUCACAAGCUAGCUAUGGGCCAAGUUCAUCCGAUAUGCAGUACUACUAUCAGCACUUAUACCCAUUUAAGCAAAUAUUUCAAUGGCUGAAUCACUCCCCAAAGCCAGGCCGUGAUAUAAUCAAUAGAGAAUUCGCGAUGGCUUUCAGAUCAGGUGCUUACAAGAGAUAUAACUCAUUUAAUUCAGUACAGGAGUUCAAGGCCCAGAUACAGAAGGGUAAUCCAGAUAGAUUUGAAAUUGGUGCUGUUUAUAACAAACCUCCUAGAGAGCGUGACUCCAUUUUGAAGACUGAGAUGAAACCAAUUGAAAAGGAAUUGGUCUUCGAUAUUGAUAUGGACGAUUAUGACAGUUACAGAACAUGUUGUUCCGGAGCCCAAGUUUGCCAGAAAUGCUGGAAGUUUAUAACUCUAGCCAUGAAAGUGAUCAAUGUGUCACUGGAGGAGGAUUUUGGAUUUGAGGAGUUCAUAUGGGUUUUCUCCGGUAGACGUGGUGCACAUUGUUGGAUAAGUGACAAGAGGGCAAGAGUUAUGAUUGAUACGUAUAGAAAGAACAUGCUUGACUACGUAAAUGUAGUGAGGGAUAGGAACAUAGAGAAAAGACUCAACCUUGUGAGACCCCUACACCCGCACUUAUCAAGAUCUCUGGAGAUUUUAAAGCCACAUUUUGUUGAGAUCAUUAUGAGGGAACAAGACACAUGGAGAGACGAUGAGUUGGCAAUGCAAUCUCUCGCAACAAGCUGCCACGAUAAACAGCUCACCGAGCAAUUAAAGAAGCUAUGGACCGAAAGACCAGGAAGAUCCAGUGAGGAAAAAUGGAAAGAUAUGGACGUGCUUGCGUCCCAAAUUAUAAUGAAUCUUCCGAAACAGAGACAAAAUGAUUACCUCCAGAGGCUUCGUGAAAACAAAGAAGAUAUCAUUAUCCAAACCUUGUACCCCAAACUUGAUGUAGAAGUCACAAAACAGACUAUCCAUUUGCUAAAGGCACCUUUCUGCAUCCAUCCUGCCACAGGUAACGUUUGUGUACCGAUUACAGAAGCAUUUUCUCCAGAAAUGGCACCAAAACUAAUAACGCUACAAAACGAGAUGGAGUCGAACGGGAAUCAAGUAGAAAAAACCUCACUCCAACCAUACUUAGAACUAUUCUCCAAAUACGUCCAAACAAUUUUGAAGCAAGAAAUAACCUCCCAAAAGAGAGAACGUGAAGAGGACUCCAAACAAAGCAUCGAUUUCUGA